UCCCUGGUUGGUUGUAGCAGGGCAGAGCUCUCUCUCUGUUUAUCAGUUGGGGGAUAAUGAGAGACUGCAAUCUGCUUCGUGUUCCUUUCUCUUUGUGGUUCUCCUCCAGUAACCAUUUCGCACAAAACAACCACUUAUUUAGUGUUUCAAUGGAUUUCCAUUCAUGCUCAGAGAGAAAAGUGGACCGAAGGGCCAGUUAAAAUCUGGACAAAAGAUAAAAUGUGGCCAGAAGAUGUUCCCAGCUCUGGGAUUCGGCAGAUUGGUCCAGUCUUCAGUUUCCUGCGCUCUCCUAACUUCCUUUGGGUGCUGAGAUGGUGAGGACUUCUAACAGUCUCGCCCAUGCAGUCUGACAGAGCACUCGGACUUCCUGCCAAUUACCCCAAGCCCAUGUUGUGUUAGCAGCAUGUCCAACCAUUCCACCAACAUGAACUGUAGUCAGAACUGCAGCCUCUACGACAUGGACUAUUUCGAUGGUUACUCCGAUUAUCCUGUCAAUCUCUUCCCCAUUCCUAUCUUGACUGGAAUCACCGUUACCUGCAUUCUGUUGGCAUUGAUUGGCAUCAGCGGGAAUGCCAUGACUAUCCUGAUUGUGCUAAAGUUCAAAGAGAUGAGGACCACGACUAACUUCUACCUAUCCAGUAUGGCUUUCUCCGACCUCUUCAUCUUUGUGUGCAUGCCCUUGGACUUGUACAGGAUUUGGCAGUACAGGCCCUGGAACUUUGGCAGUUUGCUCUGUAAGCUGUUCCAGUUUGUCAGUGAGAGUUGCACUUACUCCACAAUUCUCAACAUCACGGCCUUGAGUGUAGAGAGAUACUUUGCCAUUUGCUUCCCACUCAAGGCCAAAGUGGUCAUCACUAAGGGCAGGGUCAAAGGUCUCAUCUUUUUCCUCUGGUCAGUGGCGUUUGUCAGUGCGGGGCCCAUCUUUGUCUUGGUUGGGGUCGAGCACAUGAAUGGAACUGACCCCCUGCUGACUAACGAGUGCAAAGCCACGGAGUACGCUGUCAAGUCUGGCCUCCUGAAUAUCAUGGUGUGGGUGUCCAGCAUCUUCUUCUUCCUGCCCGUCUUCUGCCUUUCAAUACUCUACAGCUUAAUUGGGAGGAAACUGUGGCGACGCAAGAGGGAGAGCGUUAGACCCAGCAUCAGCAGCAGAGAGAAGAACAACAAGCAGACGGUGAAAAUGCUCGGUAAGCAUACAGAGAAAGGACCUACCUUUCUGUAGCGCCUUUCACAACCGCGGGGCAUCCCAGAGCCUUUCCAGCCACAAAGUACUUUAUAAUCACAAACACCAGGAUCUUGUUUUCUGCAGUGCGUC